AUGCCUCCUCCAAAAUCCAAGGGUGGAAAAAUGCUCAGUCUCAUAAAUUGGAGACUGAGAGUUACGAUCAACGAUGGACGUGCACUAACAGGGCAGAUGCUCGCAUUCGAUAGACAUAUGAAUCUAGUUUUGGCCGAUUGCGAGGAGUUUAGACGAGUGAGGCCGAAGAAAAAGCCCGGGGAGGAAACUGCUCCUGAACAAGAGAUGAAACGUGCAUUGGGCUUAGUGAUCCUGCGAGGAGAAGCUGUAGUCAGCCUGACUGUCGAAGGCCCACCACCUGUCGUCGACGAAGACAAGAAAAAUGCCCUUCCUAUGGGUCCAGGUAGGGGUAUGCCCGCCGGACGCGGUAUGGGAAUGAUGCCUCCAAUGGGUGCUCCAGCCUUAGCUCGCCCACCGAUGCCUUUUGCUCCUCCUGGUAUGCCUGGGCCACCUCCAGGCUUCAGGCCUCCAGGUUUUCCUCCAGGCAUGCCAUUCCCUCCGCCCCCAGCAGGAUUUGGGGGGCCUCCUCCAGGCUUUCAACCACCCCCACAAUGA